GUUCCACCCUCACUCUCACCACCACCUCAGUCAACGUCCAUUCCUCCGCCUCUCCACCCCAACCUUUGUCCCGUUCAAUUCUUUCAGUCAAGCUUCGUUGAUUGAAUAAAUACCGCAAAAAUGGGUGCCAUUCCUGAAGCUGAUCCCGAUGAGCCCAUGGAGACCAAGCCCUUCAAGUUCGUCACUGGUGGUUACGAUGCUCGUUUCCCUCAGAUGAACCAGACCAAGCACUGCUGGCAAAACUACGUCGACUACCACAAGUGCGUCACCGCUAAGGGUGAAGACUUCCGCCCAUGCCGCCAGUUCUACCUCGCUUUCCGCUCUCUCUGCCCCAAGCCCUGGACUGACCGAUGGGACGAGCAGCGCGAGGCUGGCAACUUCCCCGUUCGCCUGGACCGGUAAAUUAGCUCUGUACUAGAAUUCCAGUGGUGGUUUAAGCUUGAAAGGC